AUGGUCACAAACGCCAUCCUCGGUGGUAUGGCUGAUACCGUCGCCCAGCUCAUCUCCGCCAUCAAUGCCCGUGGCUCCCUCAAGCCCGGUGGCCUCGCAAAGCAUGAUCCACUGUCCAUCGAGCUCCACGACCUCGAUAGGAAAGAUGGACUGCUUGGACAGGACUUCGAGGCGGCGGCAGCAAACCCGUUCGACUUUGAGCGACUCGUGCGUUUCAUGAGCUACGGUUUCGCCAUCGCCCCCGUGCAGUUCAAGUGGUUCCGCUUCUUGGAGAUGUCGUUCCCCAUCAUCAAAGGCAACAUGUGGGGCCCGGCUAUGUUGAGGGUUUUGUGCGACCAGUUCCUCUUUUCCCCUCUGAGCGUCCUGACCUUUUUCGUCGCCAUGACUAUCGCCGAGGGUGGCGGGAAGCGUGCGGUCUCGGCCAAGCUGAGAGACAUGUACUUCCGCACCCUGAUGACGAGUUAUCUUGUCUGGCCUGCGGUUCAGAUCGUCAACUUCCGAUUCAUGCCGCUUCAGCUGCAGUUGCCUUUCGUGUCGUGCGUCAGCAUCGCGUGGACGGCUUACUUGUCCCUCGCCAACUCGGCUGAUGCAGAGAUUUGA